CGCCGGUGCCCCGUCUGUCAGAACUCCUCUGGACUUUACUCUGAGCAGUUUCGGAACUCUUUGACAUUAACGCAAAAUGGAUGUGAAACUACUGGCGGUCGUGGCUGUACUCAUGGUGAUGAUAUAUGCACCUCCAGCGCAAGCAAAGCCCAUCAGCCUGGUGGAGAGAUGCUACUGCCGUUCAACAGUCAACACCGUCCCACGAAACUACAUCCGAGAACUUAGGUUCAUCCACACACCCAACUGCCCCUUCCAAGUGAUUGCCAAGCUGAAGUCAAACAAGGAGGUGUGCGUGAACCCUGAGAUCCGGUGGCUGCAGCAGUACCUGAAGAACGCUCUCAACAAGAUUAAGAAAACCAAACAGGGCAACUAAAAUGCCUGCAGAAAUCCUCCCGAGCCACCGCUGAGGAUUUGGACCACAUCAUCGCAGAUAUGUAACAUGAUACCAGAUCAUGUGUUAAAUUGUACAGCACUUACUCUAGCUGACACGCUGCAGCCUUGUGCUCCAUGCACAAGCUUCAAAGUCUUCACCAUAAACACCAUGCUCCUAGCACUGCUGCAUCCUUCACCACUUCAUUUCACCACUUAUAGAUUUAACAAAAUAUUAGUGCAAAGUGCUAUUAUAUCUAUGAGUGUAUACUUUCCUAACCAUAGUGUAAAUACUAUUUUGUUAAUGGACUUUAAAAGUAAAGAGCUAUUUUUGGAGAUUUUUCCUUUGGCCUCUCCGUUAUUUAGGAAAAAAGCAAAGGCCCCACCCAGCGUGAAGGGGCUUAAAGAGGGAUGACGUGUCUUAGCUAGAAGGUUUCCUCCAUAUCAAACUUUAUUGAGCAUCCCAUUUGUGAGGAGCACAGUCUUGUGGUCUGUGGAUCAGUUUAUUCUGAUCAUGUUAGAUUUCAGAUUACACAAAUUGAUGUAUAAGUUCUCCUCUAAAAUAAAUAAUCAGUUUAAGUUAAUUGGCACCAAGGAAUUUAAGUGAAUGCCAGCUGCCCCCCAACUGAAAACCCCUAUAAAAAUAGCAAUACAAUGUUUUUGUGAUGGAAAUUAAUGCAGAGAGAGCUGCAGCAUUUCCUACAGCUGUUCUGUGGCUGAUUAUGCGCCUGCGUCUUAAUUCUUUCUUCUUUUUUUUGUUGUUCUUUGUAAAAGCUCAACAUCUGGUUUCCAAACUGUGUUUUAAUGAGCAGCCAAUAAGACGAGAUUUACCAGAAUCAUAAAAUUGUGUCAGUUACCGAGAAAUUGUGAGAAGAAAUUGUGACACUGAUCAAAAUAGCCUCUCAAUGUGAAUACCACUUCCAAACAUGGGUGUGCAAAAAAGGUAAUUAAAAUAGUAAUAAAAACAAUUGGUAACACAGAGGGCUGCAGUAGAACAAAUACUACCAUUACUGGCAAUGGAUAUAUGUAUAUAGAUUUGACUACCUACAACUGUCAUGCAGAUAGAAAUGCACUUUAUACCUGAUGUAUUCAUGUUUUAGCAAAAAAAUGUAUUAUUACUAACUUUAAACACUACAUUCUGUAUUUUUCUUUUCUUUUUUUAAAACGGUUUAUCGUCCUGUUUCUACUCUUUUGUGAUCAUUGAAUGUGUAACUGAAUUUAACUGGUUUGAUUUUUUCUUCCACCCUUUUACUCAUUUAAAUCUCCUCUUCCUAUGUAAAAUUUAUCUCAUACAAAUGUUUUAUUUUUGUACUCUUUUAUGCAUUUAUAUUAAAUCCAAACAUUUAAAUGAAGGAACUGUACUCUCCCAACUGAGCCAUCCAGUGUUGUUUUUUUUUAUUUUUUAUUAUCAAACAUGUAUACAUCUGGUCAGUAAAAAGGAAAUCUUUGAAAUACUA